GGAAGAUUUUAAUAUUUUUACAAUUAUCGGGAUUUGACCCCUUGCUCAGCGAUAAAACUCUUUUUUUACGUUGUUUGAUUUACAUAUAUUCUCGAUUUUACAUAACAAAACGUGAUUUAUUUCAUAUCCAAUCGAGAAGGUUGUUAAUAAUUUAUGUUAAUAGAUAUAGGUCUGAUUUGUCUUUAUACGUGCUUAUGGUAAAGAAAGUAAUCUGCAUAAUAUGCAGAUUAACGAAUGACUACAAAUAGUUAUCAGUAAUAAUCAAUAAAUUUAUUAUCGAACUUCUUUUGUUCAUUGUCUCGACUACACUUUGUAUAAUUCAUAUUUACCACUACUAGAUUGCGACAGUAUAAAACAUUCUUAACAUUUACGCUACGGGGAGCCACUUAACCUCUUCGGUACGAACACGGUACAAGUGCCGGCUAUAGUCGACAUCCUCUGCAUAUUCAUGGACGAGGAUCGAUGUGGCGUCGAUUAAAGUUAACAAUAACAAUAACAAUAUGCAAACGUUCUUGCUGUUACUUGGUCGUCAAGUAAUAUUUAUUACUUAUUAGUGAGACUAUCUCCGGGCUCUGCUCGGACCAGCGUCAUAUCGGAGAGGUAAACGACGUAUACGGUCAUUAAAUAUAUUAAGGGCGGAUUCAUAUGACAAUCAAGUUCACUUGCCAGCGUUACAGGAGUAUUUCGUUUUAGUAGAAAUACACGUCAAUAAAAUUUUCUCUCUGGUUGUAGUAACGUUAUAAUAUACUGUAAAAAAUGCUAGAAAUAACAUGUAAUGAUCGUCUUGGUAAAAAAGUUAGAGUUAAAUGCAAUCCAGAUGAUACAAUAGGGGAUUUAAAAAAAUUAAUAGCAGCCCAAACUGGAACUCAUUGGGAAAAAAUAGUUUUAAAAAAGUGGUACACUAUAUUUAAGGAUCACAUAAAAUUACAAGAUUAUGAAAUUCAUGAUGGCAUGAAUUUAGAACUGUAUUAUCAAUAAUUAAUAAUUAAUAUUAUAUAAGUUAAUGUUAUGUAUAUAUAUAAUAACAGUAAUAGUAAAUUUUAUAUUUAAACAUUUUUGAUUUUGUAUUUUACAUGGUAUUUAAGUAUGUAAUGUAUAUAAUAACUAUACAAUAAACAAACAUAAAUAACAACAACAAAGACAAUCUUAUCUUAAAUUCUUGAUACUAAUU